AUGGAAAAGAAGAUACGCAGAAAACCUAUCUAUCUAUCUAUCUAUCUAUCUAUCUAUCUAUCUAUCUAUCUAUCUAAUUCAGAGUAUUCACUGUCUAUCUGUCUAUUUCAUUCUCUUCAUAUCUAUCUGCAUAUAUUGAUAGAUCUAUAUUUCAGUUUUUACAUUUUCUAUCUAUCUAUCUAUCUAUCUAUCUAUCUAUCUAUCUAUCUAUCUAUCUAUCUAAUUCAGAGUAUUCACUGUCUAUCUUUUUUACAUUAUCUAUCUAUCUAUCUCUCUAUCUAUCUAUCUCAAUCUCUUCAUUAUCUAUCUAUCUAUCUAUCUACCUAUCUAAUUGAGAGUGUUAACUUUCUGGGUGACAAGACUUUCGGACCAAACUCACUCUAUCUAUCUAUCUAUCUAUCUAUCUAUCUAUCUAUCUAUCUAUCAGUUUAUUCAUAUCUAUCUAUCUAUCUAUCUAUCUAUCUAUCUAUCAGUUUAUUCAUAUCUAUCUAUCUAUCUAUCUAUCUAUCUAUCUAUCAGUUUAUUAAUAUCUAUCUAAAUGGUGCUCCGAAAGUCUUCGGUGACAAGACUUUCGGACCAAACUCACUCUAUCUAUCUAUCUAUCUAUCUAUCUAUCUAUCUAUCUAUCUAUCUAUCUAUCUAUCUUCCAACCUAUUCUUUAUCUAUUUAUCUAUAUUUCAGUCUGUUCAUAUCUAUCUAAAUGGUGCUCCGAAAUUCGUAACUAAACUAUCUCUUUCUGUUCAGAUAUAUCUAUCUAUCUAUCUAUCUAUCUGUUCUUAUCUAUUUAUCUGGCUAGCUCAUUCUGUUGACCUCUCUCUAUCUCAUUCUAUUACCCUCCUGUUCUUUAUCUCAUUCUGUAUUUAUCUCACUCAUUCACUAUCUAUCUAUGUAUCCCACUCUGUUUAUCAUCUAUAUCAUUUUGUUCACAUCUAUCUAUCUAUCUAUCUAUCUAUCUAUCUAUCUAUCUAUCUAUUUUAUCCUGCAUGUAUAUGUAUUUCUCUCAUUGUCUAUCUAUCUAUCUAUCUAUCUAUCUAUCUAUCUAUCUAUCUAUCUAUCUCAUUCUCUUCGUAUCUAUCUAUCUAUCUAUCUAUCUAUCUAUCUAUCUAUAUCUAUCUGAUGAUGUUAUUAUCUAUGUAUCUAUCUCAUGAUGUUCCUAUCUAUCUAUCUAUCUAUCUAUCUAUCUAUUCUUAUCUAUUAAUAUGGCUACCUUAUUCUGUUGACGUCUCUCUACUUCAUACUCUCUCUCUCUCUCUCUCUCUCUCUCUAUAUAUAUAUAUAUAUAUAUAUAUAUAUAUAUAUAUAUAUCGCUUCCUGUUCGUUAUCUCAUUCUGUAUUUAUCUCUCUCAUUCUCUAUCUAUCUAUGUAUCUCACUCUGUUCAUCUAUCUCAUUCUGUUCAUAUCUAUCUAUCUAUCUAUCUAUCUAUCUAUCUAUCUAUCUAUCUCAUGCUGCAUGUAUAUUUAUCUCUCUCAUUAUCUAUCUAUCUACCUAGCUAG